AUGGAGCAAGAACCAUCCACACUCGGAAAACGAAGAGAAUCCGAAAGCACCACCACCGGCGACACUUCUUUAAAACCAAAGAAACCUCGCAGUCUAGAACGCACUUGCGUCCACGAAGUCGCAGUUCCAACCAAUUACACCUCAACCAAAGACGAAUCCCUCCACGGAACACUCUCCAAUCCUCUCCACAACGGCACCAUGGCGAAAACCUACUCCUUCACACUCGACCCCUUCCAGCAAGUCUCAAUCGCCUGCCUCGAACGAAACGAAUCCGUUUUGGUUUCCGCUCACACUUCAGCCGGGAAAACCGCGAUUGCGGAGUACGCGAUCGCAAUGGCGUUUCGAGAUAAACAGAGAGUUAUCUAUACUUCGCCGCUUAAAGCUCUGAGUAACCAGAAAUACAGAGAGCUUAGUCAGGAAUUUAAAGACGUAGGGUUGAUGACUGGCGAUGUUACGAUAUCGCCGAAUGCGACGUGUCUUGUUAUGACUACGGAGAUUCUUCGGGGAAUGUUGUAUCGUGGUUCGGAGGUUUUGAAGGAAGUUGCUUGGGUUAUAUUUGAUGAGAUUCAUUAUAUGAAGGAUCGUGAGAGGGGUGUUGUUUGGGAGGAGAGUAUAAUCUUUUUGCCACCUGCUAUUAAGAUGGUGUUUCUUUCGGCUACUAUGUCGAAUGCUACGGAAUUUGCGGAGUGGAUUUGUAAUAUUCAUAAACAGCCGUGUCAUGUUGUGUAUACUGAUUUUAGGCCAACUCCGUUGCAGCAUUAUGUUUUUCCUAAUGGUGGGAAUGGGUUGUAUUUGGUUGUGGAUGAGAAUGAACAGUUUAGGGAGGAUAAUUUUGUUAAGCUGCAGGAUACUUUUUCUAAGCAGAAAGUUGGUGAUGGGUUUAGGGGUGGUAAAUCUAAUGGUAGACAUGGGAAAGGUGGUUCUGCUGGUGCUGGUUCUGACAUAUACAAAAUUGUUAAGAUGAUCAUGGAAAGGAAAUUCCAACCUGUCAUCAUCUUUAGCUUCAGUAGGAAAGAGUGUGAGCAGCAUGCAAUGGCUAUGUCUAAGCUUGACUUUAAUACCCAAGAGGAAAAGGAUACAGUGGAGCAUGUUUUUCGGAAUGCAGUGCUCUGUUUGAAUGAAGAAGACCGGAGCUUGCCUGCUAUCGAGAUGAUGUUGCCACUACUUCAGCGAGGAAUUGCUGUCCACCAUUCUGGCCUUCUUCCUGUCAUCAAAGAAUUGGUUGAGCUUCUUUUCCAGGAAGGUCUUGUAAAGGCCCUCUUUGCUACUGAGACAUUUGCAAUGGGUUUAAAUAUGCCGGCAAAGACUGUUGUAUUCACUGCAGUUAAGAAGUGGGAUGGUGAUAGUCACCGGUAUAUUGGCUCUGGUGAAUAUAUACAGAUGAGUGGAAGGGCCGGGCGUCGUGGCAAAGAUGAGCGUGGGAUUUGUAUCAUAAUGAUUGACGAGGAGAUGGAAAUGAAUACCCUCAAAGACAUGGUUCUGGAAGGCCAAUUCACUGCCGAACACGUCAUAAGAAACUCAUUUCAUCAAUUUCAAUAUGAAAAGGCCUUACCUGAUAUGGGAAAAAGGGUAUCUAUGCUGGAGCAGGAAGUAGCCUUGCUUGAUGCUGCAGGGGAGGCUGAAGUAUCUGACUAUCAUAAGCUGAAAUUAGAAUUAGCUCUUCUUGAGAAGAAGAUGAUGUCGCAAAUAAUAAGACCUGAAAGGAUUCUUUAUUUUCUUGUCCCUGGUCGAUUGAUUAAAGUAAGAGAAGGCGGGACAGAUUGGGGCUGGGGUGUUGUAGUCAAUGUUGUUAAGAAACCUGUUGGUGGUUAUAUAGUUGACACUUUACUUCAUUGUGCACCUAGUUCAAACGAAAACAGUAUACGGUCAAAACCAUGUCCACCGCGCCUUGGAGAGAAAGGUGAAAUGCAUGUGGUUCCUGUUCAAUUACCAUUAAUCUCUGCGCUUAGUAAACUAAUGAUAAAUGUACCUCCUGAUCUCCGGCCUCUGGAAGCUCGGCAAAGUAUACUCCUUGCUGUUCAGGAGCUGGGCAAUCGUUUUGCUCAAGGUCUUCCAAAGCUUAACCCUGUAAAGGACAUGGAUGUAAAAGAUUCAGAGAUAGUUGAACUUGUCAGUCAAAUAGAAGAGCUUGAGAAAAAGUUGCUUGGUCAUCCUCUGCAUAAGGUUCAAGAUGUAGAUCAAAUUAAGAGCUUUGAGAGGAAAGCUGAAGCGAAUCAUGAACUUCAACACCUGAAAGCAAAAAUGCGAGACUCCCAGCUGCAAAAAUUUCGGGAUGAACUUAAAAAUCGCUCUCGAGUCUUAAAGAAGCUUGGUCAUAUUGAUGCUGAUAGUGUAGUUCAAUUGAAAGGAAGAGCUGCCUGCUUGGUCGACACAGGCGAUGAACUCCUUGUUACUGAAUUAAUGUUUAAUGGCACUUUUAAUGAUCUUGACCAUCAUCAAGUUGCUGCUCUUGCAAGUUGUUUUAUACCAGUAGAUAAAUCAAGUGAGCAGAUACAACUGAGAUCAGAGCUUGCGAGACCUCUACAACAGCUUCAAGAUAAUGCGAGAAGAAUAGCAGAGAUACAACACGACUGCAAAUUGGAAGUAAAUGUGAAUGAGUAUGUCGAAUCAACAGUAAAGCCAUUCUUGAUGGAUGUAAUAUACUCUUGGUCUAAGGGGUCUAGUUUUGCCGAUGUUACUCAAAUGACUGACAUCUUCGAGGGCAGUAUCAUUAGGGCUGCUAGAAGGCUUGAUGAGUUUUUGAAUCAGUUGCGUGCUGCUGCUGAAGCAGUUGGAGAAGUUGACUUGGAGAAGAAAUUUGCAGCAGCAAGUGAAAGCCUUCGACGUGGUAUUAUUUUUGCAAAUUCUCUGUAUCUGUGA